CCCUUCUCGAGUUUCCCCUGUGUGCCUUGUCUCUUCUCUCUAAGCCUUCUUGCUGUCCUAUCUUCUUGUCUUCUUGUUUCUAUCAUUAUCAUUUUUUUUUUUCAAACUUCAAAGACGUGAGCUCUCGCCAACAUGGCAAAUACAAUCAGUCCCGCGUCUAUCCCCCCAAUCACUCAACUGCGGGAGCAACUCGACUAUGGCGACCCUCACCUACCAAGAUGCCAGGCAUUCUAUGAUAGUGUUCGGGCCUUCCGCAAGACCUAUGAGACGAGCCAAGGUUGGGAAGGCAAUACAAUUCACGAAUGGAGAAUCCGAGAGCAUCGAAGCGCUCUUGCUGAGAUGGCACGAGCGUUCCUUGAGCUCCAUGGCAAUGGCCAACUGUUUUGGCCAGACGAUAAUACCAAGGGCAAAGCCAACAAGUUCAAGUAUUCUACUGAUGGUGCACGAAUCAGAAGAAUCAUGCAGCAGCUUUUUUGGCGGCUAAAUCUCCAACAGCAUCGGAACGAAAAGUACAAGAAGAACAAAGAGAAGGCGAGCAGCGUCGACAGAAUGAGUGGAAGGGGCCUUAGUCACGAAGAUCCAAUCGACGUAGAUGUCUUUGAAGAUAGACCAGAAAGUCCCAGCACUUCGGGAAAGCCCAGUGCCUCAAGCUCAAACACCUUUGUCAACUCUACAAUUCAUCCUCAGCACACCGACCCAAGUGUGAUCGAUCCCAACUUGGGCGAUGCCGAACAACGCCUACCGGAUGAACGUGCGGUCGGCAGCGAUCCAUACAGAGUCCCAGAAAGUCCGGAAAUACACGUCCAGAAUGCUCCACAGGACCUAUACACCUUUGCAAGCAUAUCAUCCGCUGCUCCGAACGACGAUCGUCAGUUUGCACCCUACGCUGAUAUGGGCCCUCCACCCAAGCGACCGAGGCUUGACAAGGCCAAGCCUUCACGUAUAAUAACCAUCAAGGCACCAAAAAAGCCUCGUGCCGAAAAACCUGCAAUCGGCCUCAGAACGCACAGAAGCUCGCCACGCAAGCGAACAAUCCGCCAACAACCGAAUAGCGCAACACCUGAGCAACUCUUAGAACUCGAUAGUCCUCCAAGCUCAGAGAUCGCCGACGACUUGAUACCGUCUGAGCCACAGCCGGUUCCUGAUGCAGCCUUAUCUACGGGCCUCCGGGUGCGGCUCAAUCCUUUUCGAGCCACUGUCGAGAAUGUCACAGACGAAGAGUUUGCCACGAACGCUUACGUCGACGAAAGAAUCAUUCAACUUCGCAAAGAAACUGAGAUGCACCAGCCUCAGCCAGAGGAGACUUGCAACAAGAAUGAACCUCCAGCUCCGGUGCAGCCAGCUGAAGCGGCACCUGACACACCACUGACACCACAUCCAACAGUGACUGCUGCGCCGCAAAAUGAAAAAUCUGCGGCUGCUCUGCCAGAAGCGGUAAAGAGCGCAGAGGCCAUUGUCCAACAACCACCCAGCGUCCAACAGCCACCACCCAUCGCCCAACAGCCACCUAUCGUCGACCGACAACUGAAGGAUGCCUCAGUGCGGCCAUUAGAAGUUGACUUUAUGUACCGUGUGGUAACUAGUUACCCAACACGUCAAAGCUGUAUUUGGGAGCCAGAAGGAAGCUUCCGAAGCAAGACGCUCGCCGAAGUCGUAGAAGAGCUGCCGAAACUGCCACUGCGGUUCGAGUGGUCUGAGCUUAACUACCUGUUGUUUCGCUUGGAAGCCCGGAAUACGGCUGUUGCGGAGAGUGUCCCUUGUGGGAAAGAAGGAAAGUUUGAGUCUCUGAAGCGCAGUCUUACGAGAUUCAUCAGGGCAUGCAUCGCGGAAACCCCACCUGGGGAGAGCUUAUCCGUCUUGCUCGAGAUUGAGCCGCUGACGAGUUUGGAUGCUGUGAAGAAGGCGGAGGAACUAGAAGAUAUUGACUUCGAUUGGUGACGAAUUUCACUGUACAUAUAAUCGCAAUCUUUUUUAAUGCAAAUACAUAUGGGCUUUGCGGAUUGGAAUCGCACGAUAGACGUGAACGUAAUC